AGCAGUAGCAACUUACAAAACAACCAGACAUGGCGGCUGCUUCAGUCUCCCCUUCCCCGUACUCUACCACCAACAUUCCCACCCGAAACCCCCCAUUUUCAAGGAAGACAACUGGUUUUCUACAUUUGAGGCAAUGCAGCAUUUAUUAUAAUGGCUUCAAAGCAAGGUCAAGGAGCUUGCAUGUCGUCUCUGCCACUACUGAUAAAGCCAAUGCAUUGCCUCUCAAUGAGACUGUAUCUCCCGCAACUGCUUCCAAGGUGAAACGCCACACUAUUUCGGUGUUUGUUGGAGAUGAGAGUGGAAUAAUAAACAGGAUUACAGGGGUCUUUGCUCGGAGGGGUUACAACAUUGAGUCCCUUGCUGUUGGUCUUAACAAGGACAAGGCUAUCUUUACCAUAGUUGUAUCUGGGACUGAAAUGAUUCUGCAACAACUCGUAGAGCAACUUAACAAGCUUGUCAAUGUCAUAAAGGUAGAAGAUAUCUCCAAGGAACCACAUGUAGAACGUGAAUUAAUGCUUAUAAAGCUUCAUGCUGACGCCGACACUCGUGCUGAGGUCAUGUGGCUGGUAGACAUCUUCAGAGCAAAGAUUGUGGAUACUACAGAACAGUUUUUGACUAUUGAGGUCACUGGAGACCCUGGAAAGAUGGCUGCUGUACAAAGAAAUUUGAGCAAGUUUGGGAUAAAAGAACUUUCAAGGACUGGAAAGAUCGCUUUGAGGCGUGAAAAGUUGGGUCAGACAGCUCCUUUUUGGGGAUUUUCUGCAGCCUCUUAUCCAGAUCUUGACGGCAGAUCAACUAAUGGUGGUUCUAUAAGGGAUGCCAAUCGUUUACUUAAUGGUGAUGCCCAUACAUACUCAAAGGGUGAUGUAUAUCCUGUGGAACCUUAUGAUGACUUCCCAAUUAAUCAAGUUCUUGAUGCUCAUUGGGGGGUUCUCUAUGAUGAAGAUUCAAGUGGGCUUCAGUCACACACUUUAUCUAUGGUUGUGAACGACACUCCUGGUGUUCUCAAUGUGGUUACUGGUGUUAUUUCCCGAAGAGGCUAUAAUAUUCAGAGUCUAGCUGUGGGGCCUGCUGAAAGAGAUGAGCUUUCUCGCAUUACAACUGUUGUUCCUGGAACUAAUGAGACAAUUGGAAAAUUGGUUCAGCAACUUCAGAAGUUAGUAGAUCUUUAUGAGGUGCAGGAUAUGACACACUUACCAUUUGCAGAGCGAGAGCUGAUGUUGGUAAAAAUUGCUGUCAACACUGCUGCUCGAAGGGAUGUCCUUGACAUUGCUAGCAUAUUCAGAGCAAAGGCUGUUGAUGUGUCUGAUCACACAAUUACUCUUGAGCUCACAGGUGAUUUAAACAAGAUGGUUGCUCUUCAGAGAUUAUUAGAGCCGUAUGGAAUUUGUGAGGUGGCACGGACUGGAAGAGUGGCACUGGUGAGGGAGUCGGGUGUGGAUUCAACGUCUCUCCGUGGAUAUUCUCUUCCAUUCUAAGUUUUUUAUUUUUUAAAUGGCUUCUGGUCAUGCCAAACUCAAGUAAGGUUGCUUGAGGAUGCAAUCAAGGUGCAUUUUUACAUCCAAUAGGGAAAGAGCUUUCUCCCUUGUAAACUUACUAGCUUGUUUUAGGAAAUACACUCUUUUUCUUUUUAAUGUGGCCUUUAUAUCAUGAUAUCAACUAGUAAGAAAUAUACUGUAGUUGUCUUUCC